AUGGCGCAGGUCACUAUGCAAGACUUGAAAGGGCACGGUCAGUCGAUUGCUAGGCUGUACCUAACUGGCGACUACUCUGAUCUCACCAUUGUUUGUGGCGACGACCGGUAUAAAGUCCACAAGGCAAUCAUCUGCUCUCGCUCACCGUUCUUCAAAAAGGCAUGCGAUGGAAAUUUCGAGGAAUCCCAGACGAGCGAGGUCAAACUUCCUGAUGAUGAUCCUGUCGCUGUACACAUGAUGGUCAGAUACUUGUAUUUUCAAAAGUAUACACCGCCUCUGCUAAGUACAGAUGCUUCGACGGUCAAGGCAGAGCUGUCUCCGACUAUCAGCGGCGCCAAAAGAAAGAAAGACAUAGAGCAGUGGGGGGCGUCCUUUGCCGGAAAUAAGCGGAUGAAGGAGCAGGAUGGUCGACCAAGUAACAACAAUUCCAGUCCUAGUGCGACGUCUUUAUCUUCCGACUCCGUCCAUCCUACAAGACAAUCACUGUUCUCGAUUGGUACACAGCCCUCUGCUUCGCCUGCACCGGUCCAUUCCACAACUUUCCUGUUCGGGAGUGGCACAAAGCCAGCCCAACUCUCUACAUUUGGCUCGCCUUCUGUACAGUUGACACCCAAUCCUCCUCUGCCACCAGGAUCCAACGACGCUCCUUCAGCAAACCUGUGUCUACAUGCCAAGGUCUAUGCUCUGGGAGAAAAGUAUGGCAUCGAGCAUCUGAAGAUGUUCGCGCUCCGAAGUUUCGAGGCCGAGGUUGAACUCCAUCUCCAGAGCAAAGACUUUCUGUCGGCGAUCGAAGAGGCCUACACUUCGACGGUCGAAGAGGAUCGAGGACUACGGGACGCAAUUGUCAAGACAAUGAAGAAGCACAAGGACUUGCUCAAGAAACCCUCAGUACAAGCCAUCGUCAAAAACACUCAGCUCGGAUACGAUCUUUUGAUGAAUUUUGCCUCUGUAUCAGAGGAGAAGUAA